AUUAAUCUUGGUCGUACACCACAGAUAGGGAUACUGUGGCUCCUGUUGCAGGGAUCUGUCUUGUUAUGACUUCCUUCCGCGGAUGCACACUCAUUCUCCGUAAUUGAAACCCCACGUAGUUGAUUUAUUUCCACGAUGUGUUUCAGAACAUUACGAACGCUUGCGAUUGUGUUCGGGCUUGUUAUACAUGUACAUGCACAGACAGAAGUAUUUCUAGUCGGAACAACUCUCAGGCUUUCUUGCAACGUACCUGAGUCUUUCUCGAAGUUCACAUGGGAAAACUCUGCAACGCUGUUAGUGGAAGUGGAGAAAGGUAGUCCAAAAAUGACGCCCUCGGACCCAAGAGUUAGCGUCGAUACAAACGAGAAUUUUGGGGAAUUAUCCAUCCGGAACAUUCUUGAACACGAUGCCGGGGAGUAUUCUUGCACCGUGGAGUUUUCUGAUCGGCUGCUGCCCCAAACCACUACAUAUACAGUCAACAUUGUUGACUCAACAAGUAAACCACCGAGCACGACUACGAGUACGAGAGUGGCUCAAAGUUCGACAGUCUCGACAGACGCGGGUACUCAAAGCACUACUGAAAACAGAACAAAUGGUGCUGAUCGUAUGACUCCUUCAUUCCUAAUCAAUUUAUAUGCAUGUAUUUAUAUGUGGAUUGUGGCGAUUCAAAUGUUACUGGCUUAAUCGUCAAAUUUGAAGCAGAUUUGUUGGUAGUUUACUGUGGUAUUGGACACCUGUUGAAACUACAUUAAAAUCAGAAUACAUCUAUUUUAAAGCUCCAGCACAUUUCGAUCUUAAAACUAACAAAUACGUAGUCAACCCAUUGCGCUACGCUGUUGGGUAACAAUUUUCGGAAAGAAAAUUUAUAAAAUCAGACUUUUUUUUAUCGGAAGUACGUCACAAUAUGAAGGUGUCCAAUACCACCAUAAAUGUUCAUUUUGCUUUGUGACUGAGAGAGACGAAGAUUUUUAAGAGAAUGUAUGGUAUUUUAUUUAAAGGAAAUUCUAACUAUGUUUUUAAAGUAGUAUUUUAUGAAUUAAUCCCAUGCUGGUUUCUAGUCAUUACCAUUUUUAUGUCAAUGAAAAACUGUGACGUCGCGCACAUACUGGUGUCAUUUAAAGAGACAGAACAGCUGAAAACAUAUGUGAAAAUAACUUCAGAUUUACCUAUUGUAUCGUUAGGAAAUAAGAAAUAAAGUUGAUUGUAAUAGUUGAAAUACAUAAAAAUCCCUUUCACAUACUUAAUUAUUAUAACGUAAUUAAGGGUCGUACAAACUGGAAUAAUCUUAUAUCGUUUAUUUGUAUCACGUGGACUUUGAUUGACAGUAAUUGACACGUGCUGAAAACUACAAUAUCUUCGUCCGACUACGGUCAUCAUGCUAUACGAGGUUAAAGGGACUCUCUAAACGGAACACAUUCUCACUUACUCGAUCAUUUAUAAAUGGUUUACCAAUUUCGGUUCAUUUUAAAAUGAACACACAUAAAUAUGUCAAAUAACCCCUCAAGGGGCCCCAUUUACAAAAGUUAAUUUAGGUUGUAGCAACUCCUAUGAUAAACACGAAAAAUACAUGCUUACAAAAUAAUAAUUGUUGUUAUUCUAAAAACUUUGAACAAUUAUUACCUGGGAGAAGUAGAACAGACAUAUUUUUAUCAACAAACAUGUUCAGAAUAAUCUUCGCGAGCCCUUCAUGUGUUUUGUUUACAGUAAAUACGCAUGCGUAAUAGUAUACAGAGACAUAAAUAACAUUUAUGUCUCUGUAGUAUAGAAGGCUGAACCCCGUAACACGUUGCGAUGUAAAUAUGUGAUAGGUUAUAUGUAAUUAUUAGUUUUAAUGAAAUAAUUAGAUUUAUUUCAUGGAGAACUUUGUAAUUUUCUGAAAGUUAAUACAUUCAUGGGUAGUACAGAAAUACCGAACCCGAUCGGAAAGAUAUUUCAAGUCGGUUUUUUGAUAGGGUGCGCCGUACUGUCUCUUUAAAGGGGCAUGGUCACGAUUUUGGUCAAAAAUUAUUUUUCGAAUUUUUAUGUUUACAAUGCUUUAGUUAGGCAUUUUUAAUAAGCAACCAAAAUUUUAGUGUCAAUCGCUGAGUUAUAAGCGAGUUGCAGAGCUUACGUUUCUUUGCAAUGUAAACAAAACGCGUACGUUUAAUUUGUUUACAUUUUAAAUUUUGGAGUGAACAUUCCAGUUUUAAACUUAAAAUGAAUGUGUUAAACGUUAAAAGCAAUUUAUUUAUGCUUAAAAUGAAUAAGGAGAUAGACUAAUCAGCUU